AGAGAGAGAUUUACGAAUUGAUAGGUGGUCGCGUUUUGUUUGGCCGCACGUCUUUGCGCCAGAGGACUCUGGAGCAUUGAGUUUCCUUCUCUUAAAGGAUUAGUCCUCGCGAUGGCCACCAAGAGACUAAGGAGGGGUCGCUAUACUGGCGACACACAGCUGGUGGCUUCAGCUAGGAGCGCGUCCUGCGAGCACAACACAAUCCUGGCGCACUGACCUCGCGGAGAUUUGUGGAGCACCAGUCCCUUUACAUAUUCGAUUUUCAUCCUGAACCGCAUCUGACUUCCGUUUCUGAAGACUGACCGAGUCCUUUAUUCAUCCAGCAUUUGCGAUGACCACUGAAAGCGCGCAGCAGCAGCUGGACCCGCCGCCUCCCCUCAGGUCCAGCCCGGCAUCCAACAGCAUGCACUCGGCUCUCCAAAACACGCAGACAGUGCUGGAAAGCACCACUGCCACCGGCAAUAAAGGCAAGAAGUCCAAUUCAGGCAUGAGACGCCCAGAGAAGCCGCCUUAUUCCUACAUCGCCCUGAUAGUCAUGGCGAUCCAGAGCUCUCCGACAAAAAGGUUGACGCUGAGUGAAAUCUACCAGUUCCUCCAGGCUCGCUUCCCUUUCUUUAGGGGUUCCUACCAAGGCUGGAAGAACUCAGUCAGACACAAUCUGUCUCUCAACGAGUGUUUCAUCAAGCUGCCCAAGGGCCUCGGGAGGCCGGGUAAAGGUCACUACUGGACCAUAGAUCCCGGGAGCGAGUUCAUGUUCGAGGAGGGCUCUUUUCGACGCAGGCCUCGCGGAUUCCGAAGGAAAUGCCAAGCUCUCAAACCGAUGUACCGGAUGAUGAACGGAAUCGGCUUCGGCGCUUCAAUGCUGCCGCAAAACUUCGACUUCCAGUCGCCCUCCGCAUCACUGGCCUGCCACGCCAACAGCUACAAUCUGGACAUGAUGAGCAACGCGGUGCAGGGCGUCCACGCGGGAUACGACGGCCUCGGUGCUGGUCACCACGUCUCACACAUGUCUCCCAGUACAGGCUCUACGUACAUGACCGCGUGCCAAGUGGCCUCUAACGGAGAGUACGGGCCAGACAGCAGCAACAGCCCGCUGCACUCCCCGCCGACCAUGAGUGGCUCUCUGGAGUGCCAUUCGCCGUACGGAGCCGCUUCGGCUCAUUGGGCCUCAUCAGGUGUGUCUCCUUACAUUAAACAGCAGCCACUGUCCUCCAGCAGCCCGACCUCCUCUGGAUUACACUCCAGUAUGCCUCCGUAUUCUCUGGAGCAAAGCUAUCUGCAUCACAACGGCAGAGACUCGGCUGACAUCUCAGGGAUGUCUCGAUAUCAGUCCCACUCAUCGCCAGUCUGUGACAGAAAAGACUUUGUGCUGAACUUCAACGGCAUUACGUCGUUUCAUCCGUCCACCAGUGGAUCCUACUAUCAUCAUCAGCUACACCAUCACCAGGGAGUGUGUCAAGAUGUAAAGCCAUGCGUUAUGUAAUUUAAAGUAUGACAAGCAGCGAAAAAAAACACAAGGACUGAGCCCGCAAAUGACGAGAACCGGAAA